AACAAUCUUCAAUCUCUAAUACAAAACAAAACACAAUACUAAUCACUUUCCACCAUCAUGAUGUCCCUAUAUAAAGGAUUCAAGGCCACAUCUUAUUCUUACCCAAAUCAACAUCUCUCCGUGUUAUUAUUCUUGCAAUUACAAUCUCAUCAUCAACAUACCCUUUUUCGUUCUGUUUCCGCUAUGGGAUUAAUAUUUGGAAAAAUUGCUGUUGAGACACCAAAGUAUGAAGUAGUGAAAUCUACACAAGACUAUGAAAUCCGAAAAUAUGCACCAUCAGUGGUGGCUCAAGUCACGUAUGAUCCAUCAUUGCCACAGUUUAAGGGUAACAAAGAUGGUGGAUUCAUGGUUCUUGCAAACUACAUUGGUGCCUUAGGGAACCCACAGAACACAAAGCCUGAAAAGAUUGCCGUGACUGCGCCAGUUAUAACAAAGGACACCACCGGCGAGAAGAUUGCUAUGACUGCCCCAGUUGUAACCAAAGAUGGCAGUGGUGGCGACGGCGAUGGCGGUGAAGCCAAGAAGAUGGUUACCAUGCAGUUUAUUUUGCCAUCUGUAUAUGAGAAAGCUGAGGAUGCACCAAAGCCUAUUGAUGAGAAGGUUGAGAUCAAGGAAGAGGGAGAGAGGAAGUAUGGUGUGGUGAAGUUUAGUGGAGUUGCAUCAGAUGGGGUUGUGAAUGAGAAAGUUGAGAAGCUGAAGGGGUGUUUGGAGAGAGAUGGGUAUAAGGUGAUUGGGGAUUUCUUGUUAGCUAGGUACAAUCCACCAUGGACAAUACCUAUGUUUAGGACUAAUGAGGUUAUGAUACCAGUUGAGUAAUGUAUGAUAUCAGUAUUUCAUGGGUUUCUGUUCUGCUUUUACAUUAUGUUGCUUGUAUCUUAUGACUCAGGUGUAUAAACUCAAUUAAACACAGCAAUGGCAAUGUUUGUUAUGAUAUUGCAGUUAUGUCUUUAA